AAAGCAAAACCUGCGCUUCGAUGUGUGAGACCCGCCCCGGAUCUGCCUUGGACCGCCCCCCCCCGACCUGGAUCCGCCCGAAAUCCCGACUGGCUCCGCCCCUCCGCGGGCCCCCCCCCCCCCCCGCCGCCUGGCUCCACCCCCAGGCCCUGUUCUGUGGCACUCUGAAGGGCUCGGCUCUAGCCUUAGCUCCGCCCACAAGUCUAGGUUGGCCCUGCCCUUAGGUCAGAUCCAACCCAGUGCACUCCCCAGGCCUAGUCCUGCCCACAACCGUUCUCCCUAAUUUGGCUCCGCCCCUUCCCAAGCCCUACCUCUGACGUGACCCUGCCCCCAGCAGACCCCGGACUUGGCCUCGCCCCGGGUCUGACUCACUCUGACGCCGACUCCUGCCCAAAGGAGGUCCAGGUUGAAUUCGGGUCCAAGGCUGCCCCUCCCUCCACCCACCAUUUUAACCUGGACUCGAAAUCCGACUCUUUUUCCAGGCUCUCCCACCAGCCCCGCCCCAUGUUGGUCCCACUCUCUUCCCAGGUACAACGUCGACUCCAGAACCAACAUCUCCAAACCGGAUUUCCUGGGACAAGCGUUCCUGGCCCUGGGAGAGGUGAUCGGAGGCCAGGGCAGCCGAGUAGAGCGACCCCUCACGAUAUUGCCACCAUGCAGCUGUGUGCAAACAAGCUGGACAAGAAGGACUUCUUUGGGAAAUCAGACCCCUUCCUUGUGUUCUAUAGGAGCAAUGAGGAUGGCACGUUCACCAUCUGCCACAAGACGGAGGUUGUGAAAAACACGCUGAAUCCUGUGUGGCAGCCCUUCAGCAUCCCUGUGCGGGUAUUGUGCAAUGGAGACUAUGACAGAACAGUGAAGAUUGAUGUGUACGACUGGGACCGGGAUGGAAGUCACGACUUCAUCGGUGAGUUUACCACCAGCUACAGAGAGCUGAGCAAGGCCCAGAACCAGUUCACAGUGUAUGAGGUACUUAACCCUCGGAAGAAAUGUAAGAAGAAGAAAUAUGUCAACUCGGGAACUGUGACGCUGCUUUCCUUUUCUGUGGACUCUGAAUUCACUUUUGUCGAUUACAUCAAGGGAGGGACGCAGCUGAACUUCACAGUAGCCAUUGACUUCACAGCUUCCAAUGGGAAUCCCCUGCAGCCCACCUCCCUGCACUACAUGAGUCCUUAUCAGCUCAGCGCCUAUGCCAUGGCCCUCAAGGCAGUGGGAGAAAUCAUCCAAGACUAUGACAGUGACAAGCUGUUCCCAGCUUAUGGCUUUGGGGCCAAGCUGCCUCCCGAGGGACGGAUCUCCCACCAGUUCCCCCUGAACAACAAUGAUGAGGACCCCAACUGUGCGGGCAUUGAGGGCGUGUUGGAGAGCUACUUCCAGAGCCUGCGCACAGUGCAGCUCUACGGGCCCACCUACUUCGCCCCUGUUAUCAACCAGGUGGCCAGGGCUGCAGCCAAGAUCUCUGAUGGUUCUCAGUACUAUGUUCUGCUCAUCAUCACUGAUGGGGUCAUCUCUGACAUGACACAGACCAAGGAGGCCAUUGUCAGUGCCUCCUCACUGCCCAUGUCUAUCAUUAUUGUCGGUGUGGGACCAGCCAUGUUUGAGGCAAUGGAAGAGUUGGAUGGUGAUGACGUGCGCUUGUCCUCUAGGGGACGCUAUGCAGAGCGGGACAUCGUUCAGUUCGUCCCAUUCCGAGACUAUGUCGACCGGUCAGGGAACCAGGUGCUGAGCAUGGCCCGACUAGCCAAGGACGUGCUGGCCGAGAUCCCAGAGCAGCUACUGUCCUAUAUGCGCACCAGGGACAUCCAGCCUCGCCCUCCACCCCCUGCCAACCCCAGCCCGACGCCAGCUCCAGAGCAUCCCUGAAUAGCCCACCUAUCCAAAGCCUAGCAGCCUGCUCACCUGUCCACCCACUGCUUCUGCUGAAAGCCAGAGGCAACUGGAACCCUGGACCUCACUGGGAGGCCAGCUUGGAGGAUCGGUACUGGCUGGUCGAGCCCUCUGCCCCCCUCAACCAUAGGAGUGCCUGGCACUCCCUGCCUUCAUGCCAAUAAUAAAGCUGAUCUUU